GCCCUGGGGUAUGUUCAUGUCAACGGGGCAGUGAAGGCAACGUGGUGCAGAGGCCCAUGGCCCAUCAGCCAGCUUCUCACCUGAUGGAAGGCAGGCGGGGGCCCUGGGGACCGCCCCUCAGGCUGGUCUGUGGGACCCUGGCUGGACGUGGCGGGCAGCCACUGCCUGCAGCCCCUCCUGCCAGAAGGCCGUCCCGCAGCAGGUGCUGGUCGAGGUGGGACUGGCUGUGAGGAUGCCAUGGCAGUCGGUCACAGUCCCUUCUUUCCUCAAACAAGGUCAGCGAAGGGGCCAGUGUCCUUGACAUCAAGCUGUGUGACCCCAGGUGUCAGGGCCUCCCCCACCUAGGGAAGGACAGCCCUUGGGAGGCUCCCUUGGGCUCCUUUGCCCCUCCACAGCCCCUGGGUGUGGGGGGGAGGGCAACAGUCUCAGCCCCAGGAAUCGGGCAGGCAGCUUCUGGGGGGGACUGCUGUAGGCUGCGUGUUCAUUCUCCAUGACCCCCUCGGGGUUGCUGCCCUGUGCUCCAUAGUCAUCGCUUCUGUCUGCCUGUCCUGAGCCCCCAGGAGAGAAGGCAGGACGGCUCACUCAGAGGGCGGGCCUCACCUCCCGCCCGGACAUAGUACCCAGAGGAGAGGAGGCUCUGGGACCAUCGCCCUCUCGGAAGGUGCCCCUUGGCCAGAAACCCAGCUGCAGGGUCCCUGCACUGGUUGCUAUCCUGGGAAGUACACACCCAAAGGAAGACACGUGACCAGGACAUACGGGGAGCAUGAGGGGCGCCUGAGUGAGCCUAAUGGCCACUGUCACCUGCUGGGGGGCAGCUGGCGGCCCUGCCUGGUGCCCUCCCGGGCCCUGGGAUCUGGGCGGCCACUCUUCUCAGAGCCUCUCUGUUUACAGUGUGUCCAGAUCUGGGGAGUCACAAGGGGUUCAGGAGAGGGAGGUAGGCUGGGGCUCCAGCCGAGGACCCCACUGGGCGGCCUGCGGCUUUCUGACCUCUUCCUGGCCUGCCCCCUGCACUUGGGGAGUUCUCUCCUGUGACAGGAAGUACCCACAGGGACCCAGCCUCCCAGGCGUUCACUCACCCAUUGGGAUAGGUGCUCAGCCCAGAGGGGUUCCCAGCCUGCCCCAGGUCACAGCAUCCUCUUGGGGGGCAACCCCCACUUCCUGCACUGGGACUCCUCAGAACUGUUUUCUUUGUUCCAGCCUGGUCUCGGGGCCACCUUGAGCUGGACACAAUUGCCCACCAGGCCCUAUACACACCCAGACUCCAGCCAGGUACGUUCUUCCAGGAAGCGCAGGACCCCAUACCCUCAGCCUGCUCUCCCUCCCCAGAGGACGGGGUCACACCACCCCCGCCCUUGCAGACCUCCCCCCUGGCCUCCCCUCGUCCCCCAGUGAGCCAUCCUGCCUACCCUGCCACCAGCUCCGUUCUCCCACCCAGCUGUGGCUUCAGUCGGGGACUGGGUCCAGUGCAUCUCCUGGGUGCUGGAACAUAGUGGAUGUUUAACAACAGCUUCCGCAGGGCAGUGACAUGUCUCCUUCCCUGAGGCCAGCCCCAGAGUGUGUGGACCAGUGUUUGGGGUGAAUGCGGACAAGGCCCCAAGUUCCUGAGGCCAUCCAUCCCAGGGACCUCGGAUCUCCUGGGCCACCCCUUGACCCAGUUUCUAGAGGUUGGGCCUGGCUUUGCACCCCCCCCCCCAGCAGCAGCCCUGUUGAUAGAACCUUCCCCCUUGGGUGUGAAACACCGAGGCCCUUAGGCCAGCCCAGAUUGAUUGUUCUCGAGAAGCCCUGGUCUUGAGGUCAGCUCCCCUUUGGAGCAGGAAAAAUUGUCCCCUGGGCACAGUAUAGUCAGUGGCUCUCUCUCCAGCCUCAUGAGCCCUGAGGACCUCUGAGGGGUGACUCUUAGGGCUGGGGCACCCUCAGAUUGGUUGAGGGUUCAGUGCAGCCCCACUUGCCUCUCCUCUGAGGCCCCACGGUACCCGGCCACGAGCAGUGGAAGCAGCCCGGGCGCCCCCUCAUUAGCAGCAGGCAGGGCUGGAGACAGGACGUCUGGCAGGGGUGGGAAGGGCGGGGCGACCGGCCCCCAUCAAGCGCUGGACUCACCUGCGCCUCCAGCCACGGUCUGCGCCUGCCUGCCUGCCUGCCUGCCUGCCGGCCGAGGAAGCCGACGAUCCGCAGCGCCGCCCCCGCGCCCCUCACGCCCGCCCCGCCCCGCCCCAUCCCCACCGCAGAUAUAAGGCGCCCCGGCUGCCGCAGCCCGGAGCCCCGACGCCCAUGCUGUCCCGUCCUCAUGGCCCGACCUGCGCCGCUCGCCGCUGCCGCCCUGGCACUGUGCCUGCUGCUGGCGCCGCCCGCCCUCGCGUGGUACAAGCAGGCGGCAGGGCCCAGCUCGUACUCGGUGGGCCGCGCCGCGGGGCUGCUGUCCGGCUUCCGCGGGUACCAGUACGCGCGGCGCUCCGAGCCCCCCGUGGGCGCGGGACCCUCGGGCCGGGCCGGCGCCUUCCCAAAGCUGCGCCCCAGCCUGCGGAGCCCAACUGUCUGCGUCAAGGACAUCACCCCCAACCUGCACAGCUGCCAACGGCUCCCCGACGGACGAGCCACCUUCCAGUGCAAGGCAGACGUCUUCUUGUCGCUCCGCGCAGCGGACUGUCGCAGCGCCUGAGGCACCACCUGAUACCUGGACGUCGCUUGUCUCCUGCGGGUAUCCCUGCAGCCCACAGCUCAGCCCAGGCCCCCCCAGGCCCCAGGGCUCGAGAUGGCGCCCAGGGCUGCAUACCCCAUCUCCAUCGUAAAUGGCUAGAUGAAUAAAUGACUAGUGCUGCGGGCCUCAGAGUGUGGGCGCUGCUGGAGGGGGGCAGGGCCCUGUC